CUCCGAGAGGCUCGGCGUUGAGCCCGGGUAGGGCCAGGUGGCUGCCCUUUCACCUAGGGUAGACCCUGGCCGCCUCCGCUCUUCGCCCGAAAGGGAAUGCAGCUCUGGGAAAGUAAGGCCGCCGCGGUUGCGGCUAUAUUAUGUAUAUGUCUUAGAGACGCGAGUUUAUCUCUGCCUUCAAGCUUUCCUGGGCUCUCGUCGCUCCUCCUCCCGACCCGCCCAUCCCAUCUGGGGAUGAGAAGAUUGAGGGUGCAGAGCCCUGUCCUGCAGCGGGGAUUUGCGAGCUCAACCCGGCACCCCACUGAUUACAGGAUUACAUUGGACGAAUAUUUGAGCUUAGUAUUCCCUGUUCACUGUGUGGGGUGGUGGUGGGUCGGCUAGGAAUAGUCUUGAAGGUCUACCUCUGACAUCUCAUUUCAGGAACCUGGCAUCUUCAGGGACAGUUAUCUGCUUUUUAAAGGAGGUGAAUUAUAGUUUAAUGUACUACAAGUCCUAAACUACGGAUGGGAACUAUUACAGUUUAUAAUGUCAAAAACUUUUCUUAGACCAAAGGUAUCUUCCACAAAGGUAACAGACUGGGUUGACCCAUCAUUUGAUGAUUUUCUAGAGUGUAGAGACGUCUCUACUAUUACUGCCACAUCAUUAGGUGUGAAUAACUCAAGUCAUAGAAGAAAAAAUGGGCCUUCUACAUUAGAAAGCAGCAGAUUUCCAGCGAGAAAAAGAGGAAAUCUAUCUUCCUUAGAACAGAUUUAUGGUUUAGAAAAUUCAAAAGAAUAUCUGUCUGAAAAUGAACCAUGGGUGGAUAAAUAUAAACCAGAAACUCAGCAUGAACUUGCUGUGCAUAAAAAGAAAAUUGAAGAAGUUGAAACCUGGUUAAAAGCUCAAGUCUUAGAAAGGCAACCAAAACAGGGUGGAUCUAUUUUAUUAAUAACAGGUCCUCCUGGAUGUGGAAAGACAACGACCAUAAAAAUACUAUCAAAGGAGCAUGGUAUUCAAGUACAAGAGUGGAUUAAUCCAGUUUUACCAGACUUCCAAAAAGAUGAUUUCAAGGGGAUGUUUAAUACUGAAUCAAGCUUCCAUAUGUUUCCCUAUCAGUCUCAGAUAGCAGUUUUCAAAGAGUUUCUACUAAGAGCGACAAAGUAUAACAAGUUACAAAUGCUUGGAGAUGAUCUGAGAACUGAUAAGAAGAUAAUUCUGGUUGAAGAUUUACCUAACCAGUUUUAUCGGGAUUCUCAUACUUUACAUGAAGUUCUAAGGAAGUAUGUGAGGAUUGGUCGAUGUCCUCUUAUAUUUAUAAUCUCGGACAGUCUCAGUGGAGAUAAUAAUCAAAGGUUAUUGUUUCCCAAAGAAAUUCAGGAAGAGUGUUCUAUCUCAAAUAUUAGUUUCAACCCUGUGGCACCAACAAUUAUGAUGAAAUUUCUUAAUCGAAUAGUGACUAUAGAAGCUAACAAGAAUGGAGGAAAAAUUACUGUCCCUGACAAAACUUCUCUAGAGUUGCUCUGUCAAGGAUGUUCUGGUGAUAUCAGAAGUGCAAUAAACAGCCUCCAGUUUUCUUCUUCAAAAGGAGAAAACAACUUAUGGCCGAGGAAAAAAGGAAUGUCUUUAAAAUCGGAUGCUGUGCUGUCAAAAUCAAAACAAAGAAAAAAACCUGAUAGGGUUUUUGAAAAUCAAGAGGUCCAAGCUAUUGGUGGCAAAGAUGUUUCUCUGUUUCUCUUCAGAGCUUUGGGGAAAAUUCUAUAUUGUAAAAGAGCAUCUUUAACAGAAUUAGACUCACCUCGGUUGCCCUCUCAUUUAUCAGAAUAUGAACGGGAUACAUUACUUGUUGAACCUGAGGAGGUAGUAGAAAUGUCACACAUGCCUGGAGACUUAUUUAAUUUAUAUCUUCACCAAAACUACAUAGAUUUCUUCAUGGAAAUUGAUGAUAUUGUGAGAGCCAGUGAAUUUCUAAGUUUUGCAGAUAUCCUCAGCGGUGACUGGAAUACACGCUCUUUACUCAGGGAAUAUAGCACAUCUAUAGCUACGAGAGGUGUGAUGCAUUCCAACAAAGCCCGAGGAUAUGCUCAUUGCCAAGGAGGAGGAUCAAGUUUUCGACCCUUGCACAAACCUCAGUGGUUUCUAAUAAAUAAAAAGUAUCGGGAAAAUUGCCUGGCAGCAAAAGCACUUUUUCCUGACUUCUGCCUACCAGCUUUAUGCCUCCAAACUCAGCUAUUGCCAUACCUUGCUCUACUAACCAUUCCAAUGAGAAAUCAAGCUCAGAUUUCUUUUAUCCAAGAUAUUGGAAGGCUCCCUCUGAAGCGACACUUUGGAAGCUUUUUUUCAGCUUUUACUAUCCCAGCCUUAUAGAUGAGUCAUCAUGCACUUCAAAUACUAUUUACUUAGGAUGAAUUCCUACACAUGAAAUUGCUGGAUCAAUAGGUAUAUACCUUUUGGGGCUUUUCCUCUUUAUUGCCAAAUUGUUGGCAAGAAUAUUUUGCCAAUUUUAUAUCCACUUACAGUGUAUCAGUAUGUUCUUUUCUCCUAACCCUUGCCACCACUGGGUUUUAAAAGUAUCUUUGCCAGUUUAGAAGAUGACAGUAAUAGGCCGGGCGCAGUAGCUCAUGCCUGUAAUCCCAGCACUUUGGGAGGCUGAAGGUGGUGGAUCAUCUAAGGUCAGGAGUUCAAGACCAGCCUGGCCAACAUGGUGAAACCCUAUCUCUGCUAAAAAUACAAAAACUAGCUGGGUGUGGUCGUGCCUGCCUGUAAUCCCCGCUACUCCAGAGGCUGAGACAGGAGAAUCGCUUGAACCUGAAGCAGAGGUUGCAGUGAGCCAAGAUCGUGCUACUGCCCUCUAGCCUGGUCGACAGAGCAAGACUGUCUCAAAAAAAAAAAAAAAAGAUGACAGUAGUAGCUCAUUAUGUUAAUUUUCAUUUUUUAAAUUACAAAUUAGAUUUAACAAUUUUAGUAACCAUUUGUAUUUGUUUUAUAAGUUGUCCACGUUUGUGCCCAUUUUUCUAUUAUAUUUCAUUUUUUCCUUUUUAAUUUGUAAAAAUUCUUUACUGAAGGCUGGGUGUGGUGGCUCACACUUGUAAUCCCCGCACUUUGGGAGGCGGAGGCAGGUGGAUCACCUGAGUUCGGGAGUUCAAGAUUACGCUGGCCAACAUGGUGAAACCCCAUGUCUACUAAAAAUACAAAUUAGUUGGGCAUGGUGGCAUGUGCCUAUAAUCCCAGCUACUUGGGAGGCUGAGGCAGGAGAAUCGCUUGAACCUGGGAGGCAGAGGUUGCAGUAAACUGAGAUUGCACCACUGCACUCCAGCCUGGGCGACAGAGCAAGACAGUCUCAAUAAAAAAAAAAAAAAAAAAAAGAAAAAAUCUUUACUGAAGACAUUAUUUCUUUUUAUUUUUAGGUGUUUUUGUUGUUGUGGUUUGGUUUGGUUUGUUUGUUUUUUGUUUGGAGACAGAGUCUUGCUCUGUCAUCCAGGCUGGAGUUCAGUGGCACGAGCUUGGCUCACUGCAACUUCUGCCUCCUGGGUUCAAACAAUUCUCCUGCCUCAGCCUCCUGAGUAGCUGGGAUUACAGACGCGUGCCACCACACCUGGCUAAUUUUUCUAUUUUCAAUAGAGAUGGGGUUUCGCCAUGUUGGCCAGGCUGGUCUUGAACUCCUGGCCUCAAGUGAUCUGCCUGCCUUGGCCUCCCACAGUGCUGAUAGUACAGGCAUGAGCCACCGUGUUCAGCUCCUUUUUGUAUUUUAAGUUGUAGGAACUUAUUCACAGUUUGUCAUUUACCUUGUAGUUUUGUUUUUAUAGUUAAAGGGACUAGCUAAACAGCACAAUGUAGGUAAAUGAAAGAUGGCUUCAUAAUCAUCACACUCAUGGUGUAAUUUAAAAAUCUCCUCUUUUGGUUCUUAUUAAUGCCUGCACUGUGAAU